AAACAGGAAUUCAACAAAGUCAAAAUUGGAAUGUCAUCUCCAAAUCAUGUUUCUUAACGACGACUGCUCGCAAAUCGACAAAUGAUCUACCAGUAUCCCAACUCCCAUAAACUUCUACCAAAAUAUUAUAUUAUAUAUACACACACAUCCCCUGAUCGAAACCAUGAACGAUCCGUUCACCUAAUUUUCACAAACCCCUCAUAAUAUUCGCUCUCUGUUGCGUCUAAUUUGGGGGUGAUAACGAUGGAAGACAACACAAUUCAGGAUCUCACAUUGCUAAAUUCACCUGUAGAUCAAAUCUCUCAUCUUGCUGUUGAUAUCGGAGGUUCUCUUAUCAAGAUGGUGUAUUUCUCUACUAACAGAGAAAAAUCUGUAGAUAAAACACAAAAUAAUUCUUCUAAAGAUAAUCUUCUUAGUGGAAGACUCUACUUUUUAAUGUUUGAAACAAGCAAGAUCAACGAGUGUCUCGAUUUUAUUUCAUCAAAACAGCUCCAUUGUAGAGGUGUUCAGCAUCAUGGGUUCCCAGCCAGUGACAAGAAUACUAUUAAGGCAACGGGUGGAGGGGCAUUUAAAUUUGCAGAUCUAUUUAAAGAAAAGCUUGGUAUUAGCCUUGACAAGGUAGAUGAAAUGAGCAGCCUUGUAUCAGGAGCAAAUUUUCUUAUAAAGUCAGUGCCAUCUGAAGCGUUCACAUACGUGAACGGCCAGAGGAACUACGAGCAGAUUGACCACAACGAUCUAUAUCCAUAUCUCCUUGUUAAUAUUGGAUCUGGUGUAAGCAUGAUAAAGGUUGACGGAGACGGAAAGUAUGAACGCGUCAGUGGAACGAGUGUCGGUGGGGGCACAUUUUGGGGUUUGGGGAAGCUUUUAACAAAGUGUAAGAGCUUUGAUGAUUUGCUGGAGAUGAGUCAUCAGGGAAACAACAGAGUGAUUGAUAUGCUUGUUGGAGAUAUAUAUGGUGGAUCGGACUACCUAAAGAUCGGCCUAACGUCAACGGCUAUUGCGUCUAGCUUCGGGAAAGCAGUGUCAGAAGACAAAGAGCUUGAAGAGUACCGACCCGAAGAUGUAGCAAGGUCCCUCUUGAGGAUGAUUUCCAACAAUAUCGGACAGAUUGCGUACUUGAACGCACUUCGAUUCGGUCUCAAAAAGAUAUUCUUCGGGGGAUUUUUUAUACGUGGUCAUGCUUACACCAUGGACACAAUAUCCGUUGCAGUUGAUUUCUGGUCUAAAGGCGAGGCAAAAGCAAUGUUUCUGAGGCACGAGGGAUUCCUCGGGGCGUUGGGUGCAUUUACGAACUAUCAACUUGUUGAAGAAUUCCCUUGCACAGAUGCAGGGCAUUAUAACCGAAACCCGCUUGUUGAAGAUUUAAACGAUAAUGGAAUUAUCGAAUGCUGUUUACGGGCCAGCAACUGAAAACAGGUAAUAUAGUUAAUCACAUUUUAAACCAAGAUCAAAACUAACUUCUUUUCCAUUUGUGAGUCCUGAUUAAAUUAUGUUUUAUGAUAGUGUAUCCCAAUUUAUUUUUAAAAGAGUGUGUGUGUGUUGUGCUAGUUGAUGCAUUUAUGUUAGUGUACUUUGUACUUAUGUUUCCAUGAAUAUAACCAUAGCAACAUUGACAGGUCUUUAAAGUUGUACCAGUGAACCGUAAAAGUUUGUUUUAUUCAAAUCUUAUGAUUGCAUCCCAUGUGACUCUCAACUUGACUCAUGAGGGUUACAAAUUGCAUGAGUGUAUUGAUUUAUCAAGGAAUUGUGAGUUGGAAUCUUGCAUAUUUUGAGGCUAAUGAUUUUAUGAACAUGUUUGGAUUCUCUCUUUCAUAGAAAACUCAUAGGUGAAUAGGUUAUUUUGUAUUUACACUUGAUUUUUAAAAAGUUUAUGUAAGAAUAUGUGCCGUAUGUGUAGUA